UUGUCCAUGAUCGACACCCUCUUGGAUUUUCCCGACAUCGCUCCGGCAGCCUACACGCGUCUAGCAAGCGCGGCGGUGGAAGUGUUAUCCCGAGCUCCUCCUUCCCCGCAGCCCCGCGUGCCCCUCACCCACUGCUUGCGGUAUACCGAAGCCCCAAACGAGUGAUGAUGCGAGACGCAGACGCGUGUGUCACACAUCAUAUUCAAUACCUUUAAAAGCUUGUAGAAAGCUAUCACUGGCACGCUGAACUCCGUCAUUGCGUUCAAAGAUCGAUAACCUCAUGGUGAGAGAGAUCGUAUCAAUUAAUACCACAACACACCCUUGAGCAGCACUAUCACAAUUUUUCAGUCGACACAGCCUAUAACGUCGUUUUGGUUGUAUCUGGAUUGGUCCUCGCUACCAGCCAGGCACCAUGGCAGCACACAAGCAACGCGUCACUGAUGUCACAGAGCGCUCGGCUCCCUUCUCCGUCAAAAGCAAGUCGGCCAUAGUCACGGGUGCGGGCUCAGGCAUCAACUUCGCCUUCGCCGCGCUGCUGCUCUCAAAAGGCUGCAACGUGCUGAUCGCGGACCUAGCGCUGCGGCCCGAGGCGCAGAAAUUGCUGGAGCAGUAUAGUACUGGGUCCCCGCGGGCGGUGUUUGUAAAGACGGAUGUGACGGAAUGGACGCAGCUAGAGCGCAUGUUUGAUGUGGCACGGCGAGAGUUUGGAAGCGUGGACGUGGUGUGUCCGGGGGCGGGCAUCUACGACCCCCAUUGGACGAACUUCUGGCACCCGCCGGGCAGUCCGAAAUCCAAGGACGCGCCCAACGCAAACCACUAUGCCACCCUCGACAUCAACAUCACACACCCCUGCCGCACAACCCAGCUCGCCAUCUCGCACUUCCUCGCAGACGCCGUCUCCCCCACGAACCCCAAGCGCGUCCUCAUCAUCAGCAGCAUUGCAGGCCAAGCCUCGAACCUCAACACACCUCUCUACGUCGCAGCGAAACAUGCGAUGAACGGCUUCAUCCGCUCGCUCGGACCGCUAGACGAGCGCCUCGGGAUCCGCGUCAAUGGCGUAGCCCCGGGUGUCAUCAAGACGCCGCUGUGGACGGAGCAUCCGGAGAAGCUUACGUUUCUGGACGAGGCGCAGGAUGAAUGGGCGAGCCCGGAGGAGGUGGCGGAUGCAAUGGUGCGGUGUCUUGAGGAGGGGGAAUUGGGUGGGGGGACGGUAUUGGAGGUGGGUGCUGGGCAGACGAGGAAGGUGGAGCAGUUUAAUGAUCCGGGCCCGAGUGGGAAGGGGCACACGGUGUCGAAUUUGGAGAGGAGCUAUGAGGAGGUGUUUGGGUGGUUAGGGGCGAAGGGGUGGGGGAGGGUGAAGGCGAAGUUGUAG